GCUCCGUGCGCUGCUGUGUUUGCGCAGUGGAAAUCCGCACCGGGGAGCUGCUGAGGGGCGCCGUUGUCAUGUGAAAGCGCACAUGCUCUGCCAUCCACGCGGCACCCCCCUCUCUUCUGCCUCCGCGUGUUUUUCCUGUUUUUUCCUAACGUAACUCCUUUCCUCCUGCUCCCCUGCUCAGCCCCUCGCCGCCUCUCGGCCGCCCAGGCGCCCCCCCCAGAGGCUCCGCGGCGGGCAGUCGCGGGGCGGCCGCCCCGGAGCAGCGCGCCCGGCGGCGGGGAGCCGGCGGAGCCGCGCCCCGCGGAGCCGCCCCGGAGGCAUGGUUUUCCCGGCGGAGCAGAGCUGCGGCGGCUGCCACCUUCGCGGGUGUUGAGACGGGAUUUGUGCGGUGCGGUUCCUGGGCUCCUAGCUUCAUGACUGCGCGGAGCGGGGAACCAACACCAUGCGAGCACAAAUUGAAGUGAUACCAUGCAAAAUUUGUGGUGAUAAAUCCUCUGGAAUACACUAUGGAGUCAUCACAUGUGAAGGCUGCAAGGGAUUCUUUCGGAGGAGUCAGCAGAACAAUGCAUCCUACUCCUGUCCAAGACAGAGAAACUGUUUAAUUGACAGAACCAACAGAAAUCGUUGCCAACACUGCCGACUGCAGAAAUGUCUUGCCCUGGGAAUGUCUCGAGAUGCUGUGAAAUUUGGAAGAAUGUCCAAAAAGCAGAGGGAUAGCUUGUAUGCUGAAGUGCAGAAGCACCAGCAGCGACUGCAGGAACAGCAGCAGCAGCAGAGUGGUGAGGCAGAAGCCCUCGCCAGGGUUUACAGCAGCAGCAUCAGCAAUGGCUUGAACAAUCUGAAUAACGAAACUGGCAGCACCUACUCAAACGGGCACGUCAUCGAUCUGCCGAAGUCUGAGGGUUAUUAUAACGUGGAUUCUGCCCAGCCCUCCCCAGACCAGUCUGGGUUAGACAUGACUGGAAUCAAACAGAUAAAGCAGGAACCUAUCUAUGACCUCACCUCUGUACCAAACUUGUUUACCUAUAGCUCUUUCAACAACGGGCAAUUAGCUCCAGGGAUAUCCAUGAGUGAAAUAGAUCGAAUUGCACAGAAUAUCAUUAAAUCUCAUUUGGAGACAUGUCAGUAUACAAUGGAGGAAUUACAUCAGCUAGCAUGGCAGACCCACACAUAUGAAGAAAUAAAGGUUUACCAGAGCAAGACGAGAGAAGCUCUGUGGCAGCAGUGUGCCAUUCAGAUCACCCAUGCUAUCCAGUAUGUGGUGGAGUUUGCAAAGCGCAUAACAGGCUUCAUGGAGCUCUGCCAGAAUGACCAAAUUCUUCUUCUUAAGUCAGGCUGCUUGGAAGUGGUUUUGGUGAGAAUGUGCCGUGCCUUCAACCCACUUAACAAUACUGUUCUGUUUGAAGGAAAGUAUGGAGGGAUGCAAAUGUUUAAAGCUUUGGGUUCUGAUGAUCUGGUAAAUGAAGCAUUUGACUUUGCAAAGAAUUUAUGUUCCUUACAGCUGACUGAGGAGGAGAUUGCCUUGUUUUCAUCUGCUGUUCUGAUUUCACCAGAUCGAGCCUGGUUAAUAGAGCCAAGGAAGGUCCAGAAGCUUCAGGAGAAGAUUUACUUUGCACUUCAACAUGUUAUCCAGAAGAACCACCUCGACGAGGAGACGUUGACAAAAUUAAUAGCCAAGAUACCAACAAUUACUGCACUUUGCAACUUGCACGGAGAGAAACUGCAGGUAUUUAAGCAGUCUCAUCCAGACAUAGUGAACACACUGUUUCCUCCAUUAUACAAGGAGCUUUUCAAUCCAGACUCAACCACUGGCUGCAAGUGAAGGGGAUAAUAGAAUUUUCACGUAGUCAUGGAAUGCAUCACUAGUAAGACAAAAAGAAAUGUUUUCAUGAAGAAAUUAUUAAAAAUGUCACUACUGCAACACUAGGAAUGUCCUGCACUUAAUAGAAUUAUUUUUCACCGCUACAGUUUGAAGAAUGUAAAUAUGCAACUCUGAGUGGGGAUGUCUUUUUUCUCUUUUGUUUACUUUUUUUUUUUCUCAUUUUUGAACUGACAAUGAACAUACAAAUAUAGGACACUGGGUUUUACCUUUUUUUUUAAUUUACUUUUAUUGGGGUAUGUUUUGGGAGACAACUGUUCCUAGAAUUUUAUUGUAGAUAUACAUGAUAAUAGAGCAGUACUUUGCAGUAUUACUCUUGCUGUUUAUUGUUAAAAUAUAAUUUAAGAAAAUUCCACUUAUUAGACUGCCUAGUUCUAUGUUUUUAGAUAGUUUAAUGCAUGUGGAAAUUUGUAGCUGUCUCGGAAAUUAUGGUGCAUAUAUGGAAGACACACACUCAUAUAUAUAUAUACAUACAUAUACAUACAUGUAUGUAUGUAUGUAUAUAUGUAUGUAUGUAUUAUAUGCAUACAUGCUGUAACUUAAAAUCACAUGCCUACAUUUAACGGAUGCUCAACCCAGCUGUCAUAUAUUUCUUACUCUCCAAGUAAUGUAGUAGAAUUACUUUAAGAUUUGCUUGAUUUGCAAAGCAGUCAAGAUUUGCUUUGACAGAGUUAAAUUGUCAGCUGUCAAUGUGUAAUGACAGGAUCACUUCUGAGAUGCGUGUAAUGUAGUGCAUGUGUGCUGUGUGUAAAUCAAAAAUCAGGAAUGUAUCAGUGGUGCAAAAGCCUUGUCUGGAUGGUUUUAGUGAAAAGAGGAAUAGAAUUGGGUUUGGGGUUUUUUUUUCUCACUGUUACAGGGAUAGAACAUAUAUAAAAGUGAAUAUAGUAGGACCUGAUCUCAGUAAAAUAUCUGAAACAUGGAGUAAAAAUGUAGACAAUCCCAUAUGUACAUUUUUCUGAUUCCACACAUGAUUUUGUUUUACAUAGACACUGCCUUGAAAAGUAGCUUCAAGUCUUGGUUUGUUUUUUGCUGAACUCAUUAGAAAGAUAGGCAGUAAACUCAGUGAAAACCAUAGCAAGCCUAAAAUGUAUCUCUGAAGAGGAAGGAAAGGAGUGAAGGAGGAGGAAAGUCAAAAGUGAGUGAAGUCCAUGGUUACGAAGGACAGUAUAAUUGUCACUGUUUCUGACAGUCAUCAUCUAGAUGGGACUGCUGGUUUCCAUUACGUACAUACAUCUGUGUAUGUUUUAAACACAUGCAUAUAUGUAUGUUUAUCUGUAUGUAUAUAACUGUAUAUAUAUAUGCAUAUAUAGGAUUUAUUUUAGAUGCAUUUCAGGAGUGGAGCAAAGGAUUGGAGCUUUCUUUUCUUUUUGUCUGUCUCUGAAUUGACUCUAUGUGCAUUUGUUUGCAAAACCAAAGGCAAACACAGAGGGGAGUGGAAGGCUGCCAUGGACUUAAUCUUAUAGAUUAGGUUUGAUCAGCAGUCAUUAAUAAUGUAUCUGCAUUCUGCUAGUAUUACAAAACACAGACGUUUUAGCUAUGAAAGAGGGAUUCUGUUUCCACUACAUCUCUCUUUACCACCACUUUUACCCAUUGUGAACUUUUCCAGAGAAGUCUCCUCCUGGGAUGCCAGCAGAGGGCAUAGAGUGGAAAUAAGAAGAAGCAGGCAGUAGAGAAGAAGGGAAGUGAAGGCAGGAUCACAAGCAGAUCCGUUUCUUUAUUUCAAACCAUGCAGAAGCCAGUGCAGUCUGAGGCAAGGCAAGGGGAGGCAUGCUGGCAGGGAGGCCAAAGGACCUGCCUGUUUGCCGGGCUCAUGGAGAGGCAGUGCCACAGGGAGCCCAUAAGGACACAGGUGGGCCCUACGGUGGGUGAAGAAACUGGGUCUCUUGUGGAUAACUUAAUGCCUUGUGCAGCUCUGGUCUCAAGCUUCUCUCUUCUGCAUGAGCAAAUAAUUCAUGGGCUAUUUCAAGUACUUUUUGGAGCUCUCCCUUGACUUCCAUCAGUCAGUUUGCAAGUUUGCAUACAUAUUUUGUGGUAGAAUUGAGUCUAGAGAAUAUCACUAUUUAUUUGUUCUGUUUUAGCAAUGCCAGAACCAGGUACAAGAGUAGUUACAAACUCUCAGCUAAUAAAUGUUUCUGUGUAGGUACAUUACAACUUAGAAAAAAGAAAAAAAUCUGCCCAUCAAAUUUAGUUGUGCCGAGAAUUUUGUUGCAAAUGUAACAUACUCUUCAAAAUUGCUUAAUCCUAUAGAACAGCGAUUACUGAAGUACCUUUUUUUGCUCCAAAUUCAGAGCACAUUUCUCAAGUGAUUACAUUAAAAUGUCUUCAAUUAGCAUAAUAAAGCAUUGCUCUUGAUGCUUCUUUAUACCACUCUAAGACUGACAUUUCUUUAUAAGGUGAUUUACCUAUUUGCAGCCCUUCUUGCAUGGCAAAUCCAAGAAAAAUAUCUCAAAUUUCAAUAUUUCUAUAUCAAAAAAACUUAAUGUCUACAUACUGUUUGUGCAGAUUUAUCGGGGAAAAAAUGAGUCAAACUGAACUCUUGAAGUGCUCAGUUUUAAUUGCAGGGGAUUCAUGUUUUCGUUGUCUUUCCCAACACGAGAAUACACACAUAUUGUUUGAAAUAUUUUGUAAAUCCAUUUUCAGUAUAUCAAAAGCAUAUAUUCAGCCAACCCAUAGAAAUACAGAUGAAGUGAUAAAUACUACUGUUCAUAGUGCUGCAUAAUAAAGAGGUUCAUCAUGUUUAUAAAUAGUCCUUUACAAUUAUGUGUUACAUCUUGAAAAUGUUGCUUCUUCUCAAAUAAGCUAAUCGCUCCUUGGGAUUUUUGAAGUACUUCUCAGGCAAGAUAGCUAAAUGGAAAUCACCAGUGAAAAACACACUAAUCAUUAUCUGCAGGGCUUUUAAUCCUUAAAGCACUGUUCUUAUAUCACUACAAUAUCAUGACCUUUCCAAUCAGUAGUGAUUACCAUCACAUUUUAAAGAUGUGGAAAUGAAAGAAAAAAGGUUAAGUGACUUGUCAGAGACCACAAAGGUAGCAAUAACCAGUUUAGAAAUAAAAAUUGAUUCUUGCCUUUUGUCUUAAAACUUCUAAUACUCUGGCAUACAAGAUCUUCAUUGCCAUUGAUAGGCAAUAACCUCUACCAAGAAUUUCAAAUAUUGCCAAACAAAUUUUUGUUACAAUUCAUACAAAAUUUGAGCAAAUAGCAUUGUUGUUUAUUUGGAAAAUGAAAAUUCAUUUUCAAACAUUAUUUAUUUAUGGAGCUGUGCUGUGGUAACUGCAAUUAUAUUUUAUUUAAUUUUCUGUCAUUUGGAAUUGGCCACACAGGUAUAAUACCUCUUUUGCCCUUCAUUGACUGUGUGUAGAACAACACAUAAUGAUCACAUGCUACAGGCUGAAUUUUUGUGAUUGGUUUCACCCACAUAGUCAUUUACACUCAAAAUUUCAAAUUCUUGAUAUUGGAUUUCACAUGUUCAAGUUAUCCAUAGACUUUAAAGGAAAAAAUAGCAUGAAUUUUAGUAAAUAAUUUUGUAAUUCACAGUAUUAGUUCUUCAUUUUAAUUUGUUUUGGCUUUCAGUAGUUCACAGUAGAACCUGAAGCUUUUCAAUUAGUCUCUAAAACUAGAAUUUGUCACAUCAUCUUUCUGUAAUAACUGAAUAAUAAUAUGUUUGUUGACUUUUUUAGUGACAAGCUUUUCAAAUGAGACACUUUUUUUUUAAUGAUUGAUUAACCUGGGACCUAUAACAAAAGGAUAUUUAAAGCAUAUAUUUAAAGCACAUAUUGAAUCUACUACUUCUAGCAUUGCUCUCUGAUAAUUCAACCAUAUUAUGCUAAAUUACCCUUGGCAUUGAGGAAGCAGAUGUACAGUGUUCAUUAUACUAUCACAAAGACUUCAUUUUGCUGUAAAUAUCACUCUUACCUGCUCUUUUUAUAAAGACUUAAUUCCAAGAUUCAUAUUUCCUUCUAAAGGAAAUUGCUAGAAAAGAAGCAUAGUAGUAGAAGGCUCCUCAGUUGAGCAGACUUGUUUCCAAAAGCAGUAUAUGUUUAUUGAUUGGCUUGUAAUAGGCAGCAUUAAGGAAUUGAUUGUGGAAGUUGUCAGACACUUAGUUCUAACCGGAGUCACUAAAAAUUGAGGCAUUUCAGCACCACAUGGAAGGUGCUCAACACAUCACAAGAUUGGAGGCCCUUGGCGUUAAGAGGUCCCUCUUGAGCUUUGUUGAGCAGAAGGCAGAUGUUAUCCUCAUAAGUGCUUUGUCUUCAUGCUUUGUGUUGUUCCUUUCAGCUCAGUUUCACAGGGGUCAGUUUGUUCUCCUGUUGCACCUUGGGCACCAAAGCUGUUUCGAUACCUGUGCCAGGUUAUGGUGCUGAGGUGGAGCAGCUACCAGAGCUGCCCAUGAAGAUGAGCUUUAUUGUGUGAUUUUCUUUGUUCAGUUCCACAUCGGCAGCUUGCACGCGGGUGUGGUUCCCUUUGGGACAGUUUGCAAGGACUUCUGAUGUAACAGCUUCUACACAAAGAGGAUGCAAAGCUGCUCCUGUAUGCUAGCCUCUCUGUGUCCCACCUCCAGGCUGUUCAAGCUUCUGUAAGAUCACAGGAGUCUCACAAAUGAGUCAGGCAGCUUAGUUACAGGUGUGCAGCUGAUGGCUCCUUUCCCUGUUGACUUUUUUACCCCUCUGAAGCUGUGCUUCAAAGGUCGUUUUAAAGAUAUUCAGGCUUCCCCACUCCUCCUCCCUCCUGACUCUGCAUUGAUUGUGCUCUUUCCAAAAUAGCUACGGUCCAGCCUGGAAGGUGGUUCCUGUUUUCAGUCAUUGUCUUUUGGACAUCCCAGGAAUAUAGCACAUAAGAUCAAACUGAAACAUGGAAGAUUUUUUUUGUCCAGUUCAUUAUGUCUAAGGAUGUAUGAAAUGGAACCUUGAGACAGAACAGCUUGCUUUUCCCUGGCCAUAAAAUAGUAGUGUAUUUAUACCUACCAGCCUGUCCCAGCACCUUCUGCCUCCUCUCUAGAAACUAAAUCUCUGACAUCCAUUAGGAACAGUGUGUUGGAGGCCCCGUCCUCUUCUUUACUCUUUAAGUUCACGCUUCGUAAAUGACAAUCAUUGCUUGAUGCAAAUGUUGCACUCUAUGCCACUCAGGGAUGUUUCAUUAAUAAAAAUAACUCUAUAAAUAUAACAGUGAUAAUACAGAAGAGAAUGUUAGAGGCUUUGAAGGGCAUGGGUUGAGCUGCCCAAGUGAACAUGACCCAGACAAGGCUUUCAAGCCAAUGAUUAGAAGUAACAUUGGUAUAAACUGAAUUCACUGUCAGCAUUUCCUCAGCUUGAUCUGACUUUGCCUGUUCUUUCACAGUCAGUGGAGUCCAAUUGACCCAUCAGUUCAUGAUGUUAAGGUCCUUUUGGGAAUGAAAUGCAAGCGAGCUUUGUACAAAUUACUGAAUUUAGACAACUGACAAAGUUUGGAAGUACUCAGUUUAUGUACCAUUAAUGUGAGCUUAUAUUCAGACUUGCUGCAGGCAUGUAAGAGGAAAGGUUAAGACAUGGAAUAAGCGAUAGUAUGUCAACAGUGACAAGAGCACCAAGCUACGAAGGCAUGGAGAAGUGACUGUGAAGAGCAAGUAGACAUGAGCAAGUGGCUAACAGCUACCGUUUUCUCUCAGGGAUGCACAGAAUUAUAGCUAGCCCAUGACUCUGUAGCAAUACUUCUCCAUGGCAUGAUAAGUCCCUUUCUCACAUCAAGAAAACAUUGCCCCAUUUUAUACUGUGCUAGUGAAAAGUACUCCCAUUUCCAAGAGUUUUGAAGUGUGCUUAUCCCUAGCUUUACACCACGUAUUUUCUAUCAUUACAAAAACACACACAGAAGGACAAAUUGCGGUGGGUUAUACUGCCAGUCAUUAAGUUAAUUCCAUGUCUUCAACCAAGAGGUUCUCCUCAGCUCUGAAUGUGAUCAUUGCUUCUAUUGUCACAGUGAAUAUAUGUAUUUUUUAGUUCCAUUCUCUGAAUUCCCUCCACCUAGAAGACUGAUGGACAGCUUCAGGGGGUGGAGAACCCAGCCUCCCUAUGCAUCAAGAUUUUCACAAUCAUAUUCUUUGCCAACCGUUCUGUUGCAAUUUUUAUUUUAAUCUUACAGGUUGCUAGGAGCCAUGUCCAAGUGACUGAAGGUCUUGUUAGCGUGAUUAAAAAGUUCCGUUUUGUGGUCAGAGGACCUUGCCUCUCCUUCCUUUUCCUUUUACUCCUAGCUCCUAGUGAAUGAGGCUUGGAGUGGUAAAUGAUUCAUCUUCAUUCUUUCUCAAAUUUUAUCUGUACUUGUGGCCUGCAAGAGAGGCUCCAUGCAGAUGGUAGGAAGCAAGCUCCUUCCUCCUCUUCCUUCAUGAUCUCACUUAGCUGUGUUGUCCCUGCAUGCAUUGUCCCUGCAUGUGUUGUCCCUGCAUGACUGUGUGACAGUGAGCCCAACACCUCAGUAAUUUACCAUCCCAGAAGUUGUUUGCAGCUAUAAAAGCCACUUGUGUAUACAGUCUGCAGACAAAAGUCAUUGUGAAAAGAAGAGGCCUAAAACUUCUACUGUGGUAGCUCAUAGAUCAGUAACUCUCUUAAAAGGGCAGGCUGAAUGUCCAAUGAGGUGGCGGCUGCGUCCGUGUCCUCCAAAUGACUCUUGCAUUGCAUUUCUGUUGAGAGGAUAAGGCAAUGAACAAAAUGCUCUGGGAAAGGAGAGGUAUUCCUGGGUGUUACUGCAGGCAGCGAGGAUAAUACUGCUCACAGUGAGUUCAGUAACAUGAUGUACUACAUUUGCAUAAUUUCAUCAUCCUCACAAUUCAAGCACAGCACAUAGGGAAAGUGAAAGAAAAUAUCAUUUGAUAUAGCAGCAAUAAGUAAAUUAUAAGUGUUUCUUUGUAACUGUACUUGCAGAAAUUGUUUGCUUUGCACGUGGUCUUCUGUACAACAGCAUAAAAGAUCCAAUUAAUGUAGAUAUCACAGUGAUUUUGCAUAUUUUUUUGAUUUGUUGGAUAUAGCUGCUAAUUCAUGAAUGAAGAUACUGCUGUUGAGAAAAUUUUUUGUGCUACAAGAAAAUGCUGAGGUCCUUGUUUAUGACUAUACAUUGACAGCAGUAAAGUAUGUUUAUUAUCAGACUCUGUCUGGAGAGAAUUUAAAAAAAUGGCUCCUAGUUUUCAAUAUUGGGAACACACUGGCCCCUUAUUUGGGCAACAAGAAUGCAACUGCAUUGAAACACAAGCAGGAGCAGAUGGUUAGCCACCAAGAAAAGGAAAGAACAGGCUUUACUUUGACGACUGUUUCAGAUAAAACCAGCUUAUUUUAAAAAAAAAAAAAAAAAAAGCACUUAUACUUGUCUUGAUUAGACACGCAGCUUAAUAAGUCAAAGUAACUACAUUAGGCUGUUGACUUUGGGGAUUCAGAUUCAGAUGCACUACAUUUGUGGUUUUUUUAAUGUGUCACUUCAAUGUCAGAAUCAGGCAAAAAAGGUGUUUUGUUGUUAGUAAAAAAAGCUAAUAAUCAUUUAACCCUACAGAGUGUGGACCACACAUUCUCUUGCAGUAUAUGGGGAUUUAUUCGUGCACUUAUUUUUAAAAAGCCACUGAGUAGCAUAGCCAGUGAACUAGCCAUGAUAGUCUUUGCCUCUUGUGUGACCUCUAGUACACUAUGGGGAGCGGCUCUGUGAUUGUACUUGUGGCAACAAAUAAAGCACAACUGAACUCUAAGCUGUUAUCAACACUCAGCUAAAUCAAAUACAUUGGGUAUUUUGAGAUUUACACAAAUAGCUAUGAGAUAAUUCCCAUGUUAAACUAAUUACUUCAGUUGUAAUGAAUGGAUGAUAUAAAUAAUAUAGGAAACAUAAUAGCAACAAAAUCCCUUAUUUUACAGCUGCAUUCUCUGCCUCAUUUGAUUAACACUAAAGAAGUUACUUAAAAACUAAACAAACAAAACAAGAAGAAAGAAACCUGAGUAUGUAUUGUAGAAAUGUAGAAGACAAAUAAAAUAUUUUUUCAUAUGUAAUUACUUUUAAUAUAUGCUUGUGGAAGGUCCAAUACUAUGUAUGCUGUCUCUGUAAUUUUUGCUGUAAAUAACUUGGGACAGUGAAUACACUGAUUUUUUCUAUGUCUCUGUUUAAACAUAAGACUUUGUAAUGGUUUUUUUUUAAAGAGGAAAAACAUCAAAGAGCAAAUUAUGUACUUGCUUCCUGUAAGGGUAAUGUACUCUUCAGUUUUUAUGGAAACUGAUUGUAAUAGAUAAAGCCUUUUGACCAGCCGUUGAUAUUUAGUGUAUGCUUCUGUUCGUAACUGGGAAAAAAAAAUGUGGGAUUGUCAGUGGAACAUGAUCCCAACAAGUCUGUACAGUGAGUACUAUAAUAAUUCCUGCAGACUGCAUUUGACUAAUAUGAUUUGAAGAAAAGUUGUUCAAGCAAUUAAUGCUUCCUUAAAGCAUAUGGCUUUUAUGAAUUCUUCUGACAUGACUUAUAUUAAUAGAAACAUUUCUCUCUUUCCAAUGAGCAAAAUAUUUUUGUAUGCCUUUAAUUUCUUCUUCAAAUUUGAGGUCAGGUCACUCAUUAGCUGUAAUCUGAAGCCAUAACUGAUCUUCACCAAAUGCACAUUUUAGAGAUCAUAAUGGGAAAAAGAAACUAUGUCCAGUUUGUCAACAGCUGUAAUGUAAUACAGGCAGGAGCAUAAAUAAUGAGCUAAGUAUUUAGAUGCUUUUCUGGCAUCCAAAUGUGACUUUAAUGGCUAGUAUUUUGUGAUUACCAAUUUAUAAAAAAAAAAAAAACAUAAUUAAGAUAGAUAUUUAGAUUUAAAUGAAGCUUUCUAAUAUUUUUGAAAUAUCCCUGAAAAUGCUUUUAGGAUUAUGAGAAGAAAUGAUUUUUCAUAUACUUCCCACUUUCAAAUAUCUAAUGUUUUUAUCCUAUUUCCAGUUCAUUUUGUUAGAGUGAAAUGAGAUGUUAAAACCCAGGAUCCAAGCCCUGAGAUAUUUGGUGCUUGGCUGUAGUUAUAUUGUUGUAAAUCAAUUUAAUUUGAAUUUUAAGAGUGUGUUGUUUUUUAUUUGGUAAGCAUGUUUACCACUGUUGGUAACACACAAGAGUUGCACUGCCUGUCAAGAAGUAUGAUAAUAAACAAUCUAAUAAAAUAAUGAGUAACACUCAAAAUUAAUCACUCUCAAAAGAGAAAUAAAAAUUCCUUUCUAAAAUCAAA